AUGUCCAAGGUGACAUCCAUUUCCUGGAGCAGCAACACAACCAGGCUAGCCACAGUCGGAGCAGACAAAAUUGUUCAGCUCUUUGACGAGCAUGGUGAAAAGCAGGAUAGGUUCAGCACAAAGCCGGCUGACAAGGCUGCACGAAUGUAUGCGGUGCGGACCAUCGAAUUCUCCCCAGACGGCACUAAGCUGGCCGUGGCACAGAGUGACAACAUCGUGUUCGUGUACAAGCUUGGAAGCGACUGGAAGGACAAGAAGUCCAUCUGCAACAAAUUCCAGCAGUCCUCGAGUGUCACGUGCCUCACCUGGCCUGCUGGACAUCCAAACGAGGUUGUGUUCGGUCUUGCCGAAGGCAAGGUGAAAGUCGGCCAGCUGAAGUCCAACAAGGCUGCUACUCUCUACUCGACCGAUUCUUUCGUAGUCUCGAUGUGUGCCGGUCCGGAUGGAAACUCCAUUCUCAGUGGUCACCUGGAUGGUUCCAUCUACCGUUUCCACUUCGAGACGGAGACGGUUCCUCGGCCGACUACUACGAAGUUUGCCAUGGUGCCUCAGUGCGUGCCCUAUGCCCUCUCCUGGGGCUACGCCGGCAUCUGCGCCGCGGGUAACGACCGCAUGGUGCGCUUCUGGGACUCGGAGGGACGAGAAGGGCAGACUUUCGACUACAGUGGCGAUCCGAAGAUCAAGGAGUUUACGGUCGCAGCCUUUAAUCCAUCCGGCGAGUCCGUGGUGCUUGGAAACUACAAUCGUUUUCUAGUCUUUGCCUGGCACCCGAAGAGGAGCGAAUGGGCGGAAGUUGUACAGCGAGAGGUGCCGAACCUCUACUCAGUCACUGCUCUUUCAUGGCGGGCAGACGGGUCUAGGCUCAUCGUUGGCUCGCUUUGUGGUGGCGUGGACAUGUUCGACGUGUGUAUUCGGCGAUCCCGUUAUCGCGACUCGCACGAGUUCACCUACGUCUCCCUGAGUCAGGUCAUCGUCAAGAGCCUGCGCUCCGGGGCUCGCAUUGUGCUCAAGAGCAACGUCGGAUUCGAGAUCAAGAAGAUCAACAUUUUCCAGGAGCGCUUCCUGGUGGCUCACACACCGGAGAGCAUCUUGCUCGGGGACCUGCAGACCUGCAGGCUUUCCGAGAUUCCCUGGCACUCUAGCGGCAAUGAGAAAUUCGUUUUUGAUAACCCGACCGUCUGCAUGAUUUUCAAGGCCGGCGAGCUAUCUGUCGUUGAAUACGGCUGCAACGAGCUGCUGGCCUGUGCCCGGACAGAGUUCAUGUCUCCGCACCUCAUCAGCGUUCGGAUCAACGCCCCGGAAGAGGGCGAUGCAUACGCUCCCGCUAUGGGCGAGCUGAAGGUCAUUGCGUACUUGCUGGACCUGAUGACAAUCCGUGUUUGUGAUUUGGUUUCGAACGCAACGUUGGCGAACAUCCAUCACGACACUAGGAUUGACUGGCUAGAACUGAACCCCAAUGGGGCAAAUCGUCUCAUCUUCCGGGACAAGCGCAGGCAGCUCUACCUCUUUGACAUUGAGCAGCAGAGCCGGGUGACUCUCCUGAACUACUGCAACUACGUGCAGUGGGUUCCCGACAGCGACGUCGUCGUGGCUCAAAACAGAGGACAGCUCUGUGUCUGGUACUCCAUCAAUGCGCCCGACCGCGUAACACUGCACGAGAUCAAGGGCGACAUCGAAGACAUCGAGCGAUCCAAUGGUCGAACCUGUGUGAUCGUGGAUGAGGGCGUCAACAUGGUGGAGUACGAGCUGGACGAGGGCUUGAUCUCCUUCGGCUCCUGUUUGGAAAGGGGUCAGUACGCUAAGGCAGUGGACCUCUUGGAGGAGCUCCCGUUGACACCAGAGACCGAAGCCAUGUGGCGCUCACUGGCUGAUGCCUCUAUGGAGCACUUCAACCUGCCGGUAGCCGAACGCUGCUAUGCCGUCUUGGGCGAUGUAGCAAAGAGCCGGUACCUGCACAAGGUCAACCGGCUGAUUCAAGAUCAUGCAGCAGAGGUUGGUGGUGAUGGCUCCAACUACUACAUGGCCCAGGCAAAGAUGGCCAUGCUGGCGAAGCAGUUCCAGCGCGCUGAAGCUAUUUUGCUGGAUCACAACGAGCUCGAUGAAGCACUGGCCAUGUACCAGGAGCUGCACAAGUACAACGAAUCCAUCCAACUUGCAGAGCGCAAGAACCAUCCCAAGCUCAUGCACCUGAAGAACUACUACCUGCAAUGGUUGCUUUCCACACAGCAAGAGGAGAAGGCAGGCGAGCUGCAGGAGAUUGACGGCGACUACGUCAGGGCUAUCGAACUGUACCUGCGCGGGGGUAUGGCUGCAAAGGCUGCGGCGGUGGUCCAGCGGCACAAUGCAAACUACUCCCAGGAGCUCUUGCAGAAGAUCGUUGCCGGGCUUCAGGCAAGCGGAAUGCAUGACCGUGCCGGUGGCCUCUACGAGCGAAUGGGUCUGAUUCAGCCGGCCAUGGAUGCGUACCGUCGAGGACACGCCUACCGACAGGCCAUCGAGCUGGCGAAGCACUCCCAGCCUGGCCUGGUGGUGGCCCUGGAAGAGGAGUGGGGCGACUGGUUGGUCUCGCAGCGGCAGGUGGAUGCAGCAAUCAAUCACUACAUCGAGGCUGGCUCAGCUCAGAAGGCAAUCGAUGCCGCCAUGACCGCACGGCAGUGGCACAAAGCGGAGACAUUGCUGGAUCAGGCAUCAAUGGGCGCAGAUCAAAGCUUUGCGCUGCCCUUCUACGAAAAGCUGGCCAUGCACUAUGCCCACUCUCGCCAGUUCGACCAAGCAGAACGUGCUUUCAUCAAGUCUGGCCGACCGCAGCGGGCUGUGCAGAUGUACGUCGAGCACGCGCAGUACGAGAAAGCUCACCGUGUUGCAAAAGCACACCUCUCGCCUGCAGAGAGGACAGAGCUCUACAUUGCCCUGGCGCAGGGGCUGGAGCAGUCGGUGAAACUGCAAGAGGCUGAACAGAUGUACUUGGCCGUCAACGAGUUUGAUCUGGCCAUCAACAUGUACAAGAAGCGUGAGGAGUACGAGCAAAUGUUGCGCUUGGUAUCCAAGUACCGCAAGGAGCUCUUGAAUGAUACCUACAAGCACAUUGCAGAGCAGUACGAGAUGAAGGGCAACCUCAAGAAAGCCGAGCAUUACUAUGUUGAGGCGAAGAUGUGGACCAGCGCCAUGUCGAUGUACCGCCAGCUCGAGAAGUGGGAAGAUGCGAAGCGGGUGGCAAAGGCUAACGGCGGCAAGCAGUCUUUCGAGAAGGUGGUCUUGGCUCAAGCUCACGCGACCUUCAAGGAACACGGAGCCGAGGCUGGUGCACAGCUGCUUGCCAAGCACGGCCUCAUCGAGAUCGCCAUCGACUAUGCAGUGGAGCAUAGCAACUUCCAGCAUGCUUUCGAGCUGGCGAACCACUCUGCGAAGCACAAGCUUCCGGACAUUCACCUCAAGAAGGCAUUGGCUUUAGAGGAUGAUGAGCAGUUUAAGCUAGCAGAGGAGGAGUUCAUCAAGGCGAACAAGCCCAAGGAAGCCAUCGACAUGUACGUGCAUGGCCGCGACUGGGUGUCAGCCAUGCGUGUAGCAGAGGCAUACGAACGCGAGAGCGUGAAGGACGUGAUGGUCCACCAUGCCAAGGAUCUUGUCGAUCAGAACAACAUGCAGGCCGCCGAGAACCUCUUCGUGCAGGCCGGCAAGCCCGAGUUGGCAGUGAAGGCAUAUUCCUCCAAGCGCAUGGUGAACGAAGCGGUGAGGGUCUGCAAGAAGCACUGCCCGCAGAUGUUGGGUGACGUGGUCGACUCCUACGGUGAUGGGGCCGCCGCUCCAGGCGCAGCGCAGAGCCUGGACGAGAUCCUGGAUGCUGCCAAAAUCUACGAGGAGACUGGCAACUAUUCGCGCGCCAUUGACGCUUACCUGUCAGUGAGCGAAACGGCUUCUUCGGAGUCGGAUCGCUUGGAGGAGGUCUGGGAAAACGCGGUGCGCCUCUCGAUGAAGCACGCGCCGGAGCGCUACCCCGAGAUCGUGUCGAUCGUGUCGAAGAGGUUGAAGCUUAUCCAGCGCUUUGAGGCAGCCGCGGAGCUUUACGAAAGUAUCGACGCUUUCCGCGAAGCUGUGAACUGCUACAUCGCCGGCGAGGUUUGGGACAAAGCGCGGCAGUUGGCGCAGCAGCACUGCCCAGACAUGGUUCGUGUGGUGGAGGAUAGGUACAAGUCCGAUUUGGUGGGCAAAGGCGAUGGAGACGAGCUGAUUCGACGAACGGGAGACGUGGACAGCGCGCUGGACAUGUACGCUCGCAAUGGAGACUGGACAAAGUGCCUGGCGCUGGCCGAGAAGCACAGCCCGAAGAUGCUGCCCCACUACCUGGUGCAAUACUGCAAGGUUUUGGUCAACAGGCAGGAGGUCACGGAGGCCGCGCAGAUGCUGGUCCGAUUUGGCCCGCCGCCCGAGCAGUCCAACUUCCAGCUCUACAAGCACAUUCACACCGAGCUGCUGGCCAAGCCUGAUGCAACGGGGCCACCGCUGGUGCGGGAGAUGCUGCUUCGUGUCACGAUGCCACCGGGCACCUUGGGAGCACCGCCCACUCCAAAGAUCCUCUCGGAAGAUCGCCGUCCCCAGGCGGAGUUUCUCAAGGCCCUCCUGACCGCACAUUUGCAGACGGUUCGGGAGAGGUUGCGGGAGAGGAACAUGGCCCCAGAGGUUGUAGCGAAGAUCAGCGUUGCACUCUGUCGAUACUGUGCAGAGUUCCCUUUAGAUCUCGCGUUCUACGACGCUGGUAUUGACUGCAAAAACGCAGGUAUGAUCAAUAUGUCCUUCUUCUUCCUGAACCGGUUCCUUGACAUCGCAGAUGCAAUCGAAGAUCCGGACAAUGCUGCGAUUGAUAACACGGACUUCAUGGAGACCGACAUUCCUUCACCCUACGAUCUGGACCUUCCUGAGCAAGCUCACAUUUCCAAUGACAAGGUCGAAGAGAUUCGCGAUUGGGUUUUGGGUUGGUCGAUGGAUCAAAACGUCCAGCAGAAGAUGGACCUGCGGUCAUGCGACAAGUGUGGGGCGCAUAUCUACACUGGCGCAGCGACGUGCCCGCACUGCGGAACGGUCAGUGAGCCCUGUAUCAUCUCGGGCUUUCCCGUGCUGAAGAAAACGCGCGUGGAAUGCACGGUGUGCCAUUCCGCCGCGAAUCGGGACGACUGGAACAUCUGGGUGCAGAUGUUCAAGGAGUGUCCAUGGUGCUCAUCUCCUCAGAAUGCGCAGUACUAG